UACUUCUCGAAAUAUUUCUAGCUUGGCUGGGUCUUUUAGUGCUAGCAAGGAGCGGUGCAUUUCCCUAGUUUUAUUAAAUACUGAACAGCUGGCUGAAUGGCUGAAAAUCUUGCAGUUAGUAGCUAAAGAUGCAGUCUGCGAGGUCACUUUAAGCAACUAUUAACUUUCCCACAAGUUUCCAUUAAUUCUGCGCUGAAAUAUCGGCUGAAUGGUGUUUUAUCAUUAUUAUGGGCAUCGUUCGACGGUCGAAAGCGUUCGACCGCAUCGCGCUCCGAUUCUGCAAGCUAUCCCCACAUGCCGAAUUUUGCCGAUCCAGCCGACUAUAUCGACAAUAUCACUGAUGAAGAAUUAUUACCUGAUAUCCAGAAAUUGCGUCCCAAUGAAACGACGGGAAUGGAGAGUAUCAUCAUCCUGGAUGGACUGCCUAUGGUGCCGCCGGAGCGCCUGGAGAAAUUGAGGAACGUGGUCAAGAAGAUUAUGGUACAGCACGCAAACUUCGAUGUGUCGGAAUUGGAAAUUAUCAAUGAGAUUCAUCCGAUUGAUGAAAGUAACGUGUCCAAGGGCUUCGCAUUUUAUGAGUUUGCUGAUUCCGAUGCGGAACCCUCGAUAGCGGCCCGGGUUAAGAAGGCGAUGAAUGGAUAUAAAUUUGACAAGCAGCAUACAUUAUCUGUAGACUUCUUCGUGGAUUUUGACAAAUAUAUUUCGGUCCCGGAUGAAGCGGAAGAGCCAACGGUUCAGGAUUUCAAAGAUCCCGGGAAUUUGCGCUAUUGGCUAGAAAGUGAAGACUGUUAUGAUCAUUACGCUGUCAUAUGGGGCGGCAACACAGGAACCGAAAAGAUGACGGCCUAUGCGAAUUCCCCCGUGGAACCCGCUCUGCUGCAAGAACGCGAGCACUGGACCGACCGAUACGCCAUUUGGUCACCCCUUGGCACCUACCUGGCCACCUUUCACCAGAAAGGAGUAGCUCUUUGGGGCGGACCAAACUUUGCGCAGAUCACCCGUUUCAGCCACGAGGGAGUCAUUAACGCAUCAUUUUCUCCUAAUGAGCGAUAUCUUCUGACGAUGCGCAACAAGCCCGAGCAUCUGCCAGUUGACGAGCAGUGUCUGAUACUGUGGGAUGUGGUUACGUCGGCAAAAAAGAAGAGAUUCCCCUGGAGCGAAAAGGACUCUCCGAAUCCGAAUUUUCUCAAGUGGAGUCCGGACGAAAACUACUUUGCCACAAUGACAAAGAACGAAUGUAUUAACAUUUACAACACCAAGACUUUCUCUCGUGUUGUCCGCGAUAUCCCCGGCGUGGCAGAUUUCUCAUGGAGUCCGGCACACAAUUAUCUCGCAUAUUGGGUGCGGGAAAGUGACAACAAAGAUGUACCGGCCCGAGUCGUUCUGCUGUACGUUCCUCUCGACAAAGAUAAGCCCAUGGAGGAGAUCCGCAGUAAACAGCUGUUCAGCGUCAAGGAUUGUGAGUUCUACUGGCAGAAGAACGGCGAUUACAUGGCCGUCAAAGUGCAGCGUUAUAAACAUAUCAAGAAAAAAGGCGCCGACAAGUUCGAUUACGGUGGAAUAUUUCACAACCUCGAGAUUUUCACCCUGAUUAAGAGAAAGGAAGUCCCCGUAGAAUCCAUUGAGAUACGAGAUCCCAUCGUGGAUUUAUCCUGGGAGCCUAAUGGCAGCAAAUUAGUAGUGCUGACUGUGGCUGAUUCAGUAACAUCGACUAAUUUCUACAGUGGACGACAAGGCGCCACGUUCGAAUUAGUUAAAAAAUUAGCGCUGCGGCACAAAGUGGAGAAAAUCUCAUGGUCACCUAUGGGACAGUUCGUUGUUCUUCACACGGCUUCGAGCGGAAGCGUCGGGUAUUUAAUUUUUGUGGACACAGCCGAUUUGUCAGUGCUGGCAGACGUGGAACACUUCCUGCUCUCUGACGUACAGUGGGAUCCCACAGGACGCUACCUUACAGCUGUUACAUCCUCCUCGAAUGUCGGAAAUAGGAAAGAUAACGGAUUUACACUGUAUUCCUUCCAAGGCCGCUAUAUCCGUAACGAGAAAGUAGACGGGUUGAGUAUGUUCAGCUGGCGACCGAGACCCGUUUCCAUUCUCCCAGCAGAAAAACUCAAAGAUAUCAAAAAGAACCUGAAGAAAUACGCAUCCGAAUUCGAAACCAAGGAUCGCUUGCUGGCAUCAAAAGCCUCGAAGGAAGUGUCGGAGCGGCGAAAACGCCAGAUGACAGAGAUUACGGAUUUUUUGACGGCAAAGCAGCGCUACUUCGAGCAGGGACGACACAAACGAGUGGCGCUAAGGCGAGGAAUGGAUACAGACGCGUUGGAUGCCCAUCCGGAUGAGCUGGUGGAAGAGCAGCUUGAAGUGAUGGUUAAUAUGACUUUUACUAACAUCGAAUAGUUUGUCAAGCGUCAUUUUCGUAGGUUUAGGUAUACGUUGAAUGGUAAUCACAUAGAAUAUUCGAAUGAGACCUUCGGUGUUUUUUUCUUGUACUAAUAUGAAUGUCGUUUGCUGCAUCUCCUGUCAACUUAGACUGACCUUCGGGCUAUGGAGGUUGUAUUGUGCUAAUACGAGCUAUUCAUUCA